AGCUGCCAGUACCAACAAGCAUUAAGUACGUCUCGUCCUUCACUAUGAGUACGAAAAGAAGUUUUUCACCAGCACCUCGAGCUACUCCUUAUGGGUGAUUGCCUGCUGCUCAGAUACGGCCGGUCUUCGUCAGACGCUUCCGCAUAAAAAUGUUCAUUUUGGCCAGAUUCUUCUCCACGGCUGCUUCGAUCUCCCGGCUUAAGGACCGGCAAAGAGAUCAUAUUGUUAAUACCAGAUCGGCUAUAUCUGGCGGACACAAAGUGCCUCAGGAUGUCCAACUCCUUCACUGCGGGGUGGAGCUUGCAGUAUGGAAAAAUCAUCAAGUUGCUUGACAGUGCUGCUGCUGCGAAUCAACAGCCUUGAAUCAUUUUUGUUGUAGACUUAAUAAACGUAAGAUUUAAAGAAAAUUUGUUCCUAUAAAUUAUCUUUCAUCGCCAUCCGAAAUUAGUCCAUUUUUUUGUGUCGAUGAAAAAUUAAUUGGAAUGUUCGAGCAUUCCAUUCGGUAAUUUGAAGAAAAUUGUAGAAUUUAAGUCGUGCUUGCCAUGCGUAAAUUCUCUGAUUGAGCGAGUGAUUUUCGAGCGUAAACAAAAUCUAAACCACCGAAAAAUCACAAUUGAGUGCCGAUACUAAGAAUGAAAUAAUACUGAUCAGUUUAGACUCGCUAGACUAUGGUUUAUGUUCACAUAACGUAUAUACAUAACGUUUUGUUUUUUGUGUCCCGCGUUAGACCUCUGACCAUCUGGUCACUUUACUCUAUAUUCUACAAAUGUACCCUUUAUUUACAUACCAAGCGUUUAUAAAACAAGCAACCUUACACAACAUAACAAAUUUGGCAUUCCGGCUGCAGCCGUAUUUUCCGCAUGCCGGGCUGGUCAGUUGCAGUGUACACUCAAAAAUGAUUAGAUCAUCGAUAUUGUUUCUGUUACUCACGUUGAGUUCACAGCUGGUUUCGUCGGGUAGCUUGCGGGAUGAGCUGAUCGAACUAAAAGAGCACGUACCAAUAGAUCGUCUCCAGGUUCUGUUCGCUGAAUAUCUCAUCCAUGAUCCCGAGUUCAGACGAACAAUUGGGUACAUACGCAGUGAACAGUUCUCCGACACGUGGAACAGAUUUCUGGAGGUGAGGACGGUUCAACAGUUGCUGACGUACCUGGCAGAUGCAGGGUUUCCGGUCAGCGAGGUGUUGGCGCUUUUCGCCAAAUUUACGGGAGCGGAACGGCCGCGGAUGAUGUUCAAACGAUUUGCUGUCAUAAGAAAAGGUGGUCUAAGUGCGUUCAUUGAAGAUGCCAUCAAAAUAAUCUCCACGAGUGACGCGCAGAAAGUUUAUGAGCAGAAGCGAAAGUCCUGUCCACAAUACAAGGAAAUGGUGGAAAAACUGCAGGCAGCCGAAUUCAAAGUGUUGCUCAGAGAAGUAAUUGAUGAUCCCGAGGUAAAAAUAUUGCAGGAAAAAAUCAAGCUCCAUGGCAUCGACUUGCAAAAGCUGGUAGAUAUGGUGAAAUCAUUUUUCGGAUGGUCAUCAUUAUUUUGAACCAUUUGCGCGAAAAGAUUGAUACUCACAAUCAAAUCACCGUAUCAGUCCACGUAAUGUUACGGUAGGACGUUGGAUGGUCAACCGUAUCCAAAAGUUAAUUGCAACGGUCGGCUAUAUUCGUGUCGUUUCUUCAGCACUAGUGUGCUACGAAAGGUGCGGGGGUAGCUUGGCCCUUCGAAAGAUUUAUCUCAUCUCACCUAACACUGCUUCGAAAUCAAUUUACGCACAAUAAAGC